UUGGGACUUAUUCCUUCGGAGUCUUUAAAUGUCGCUAAGAUCACCUAAGGCUUCUGUGGUGGCCGUUUGAGAAGAUCCAGGACUGGUGUUCAAUCAAAGAAGUGCGGAUGACUUUCUUGUAGUUCCUUCAAAUUUCCCAAUGGUGAUGAGCAAGAGGGAUCUUAGCUCUGGGGCUCUCAUAUGCAGUGGAUCCAGUUUCUCCCUCAUCUCUCUGCACCCCAAAGCUGAAAGCGGUGGAUUAAAGAGGCUGGUGGGUGCAGAGGCCUGGUGUAGGUCGCCUUCCUUUCCACUGCUCCUCCUUUGUCCAAACAGUACAAGGAAAGGGAUUGUAUGCGUGGGCUUCUUCUGAAGGCCGAAGAGCCAGGUGGAUGAUUAUUUUUAUGAGGCACAUUCUGACAGAGAUGGGCCAGGACCAAACAAAGCAGCAGAUCGAGAAAGGGUUGAAGCUUUACCAGUCCAAUGAGACAGGGAAAGCUCUACAUGUCUGGCUGAAAGUGCUGGAGAAGACGUCUGAUCCUGGGGGGAAGUUCAGGGCUUUAGGUUGCCUGAUCACAGCACACUCAGAGAUGGGGAAAUACAAAGAGAUGCUAAAGUACGCCCUAGCUCAAAUCGACACGGCGCGAGAGAUGGAGGAUCCAGACUACCUAACGGAAGGGUACCUGAACCUGGCCCGCAGCAAUGAGAAGCUCUGCGACUUCCAGAAGACCAUUUCCUACUGCAAGACCUGCUUAAACAUGCAGGGCACCACGGUGAGCCUGCAGCUCAACGGCCAGGUGUGUCUGAGCAUGGGCAACGCCUUCCUAGGCCUCAGUGUCUUCCAGAAAGCUCUGGAGAGUUAUGAGAAGGCCCUGAGGUAUGCACACAACAAUGACGACAAGAUGCUGGAGUGCAGGGUGUGCUGCAGCUUGGGCAACUUCUACAUUCAGUUAAAGGAUUACGAAAAGGCCCUGUUCUUCCCAUGCAAAGCUGCGGAACUUGUAAACGACUAUGGAAAGGGGUGGAGCCUGAAGUACCGUGCCAUGAGCCAGUACCACAUGUCCGUGGCCUACAGGAAACUAGAUCGGCUGCCAGACGCCAUGGAAUGUUGUGAGGAAUCAAUGAAGAUUGCACUCCAGCAUGGAGACCGUCCUCUGCAGGCCAUGUGUCUUCUGAACUUUGCUGAUAUUCAUCGUUGCCGAAAUGAUGUUGAUAAAGCAUUCCCUCGCUAUGAGUCUUCAAUGUGUAUAAUGACAGAGAUUGGCAAUCGCUUGGGACAAGCAUCCAUCUACUUGGGAGUGGGGAAGUGCUGGCUGCUGCAGAAGGAGCAUGACAAGGCACUGGACUCUUUUCAGCGAGCAAAUGAACUUGCAGAGGAAACAGGAAAUAAGCUGUGUUCCCUGAAGGUGCACUGCCUGACGGAGGGCAUCUACCGAAGCAGGGAGCAGCAGGAAGAGCUGAGGGAGCAGGUGGUGAAGUUCCUGCAGUGUGUAGAGGAACUGGAGCUCUACUGCGGCAUGUGUGGAGAGUCCAUUGGGGAGAAGAACCAGCAGCUGCAGGCCUUGCCCUGCUCCCACAUUUUCCACCUCAAGUGCCUGCAGACAAACGGGACACAGGGUUGUCCAAAAUGUCGCCGUGCUUCUAUGAAGCCAGGUUUCGUAUGACGUGCAAUAGUUAUAAAGUCCAGCCUUGGACAAGGUGACCCGUCCCCAAAGUGGCUUCUCUUGAGAUAAACACUGCAGUGUUCUCUACCAGGAGACACACACAGGGAAUGUGUUCGAUUCCAGUCUGUUCGUUUCAUGUGGAGUUAACAUCAAGCCUGAACACAUCGUCCCACCGGGAGAAAUAAUCACAGUGGAAGACUUCAACAGUCUGCACCAAGCGUAAUGCUUGGAGCGGUGCGAUUUUGAAGAGAACACACUACCUCUGACUCAAAAACUGUUUUUCUUACUGGCUGAGGCAGUGACUAUUGCCUGAAAGACCAUGUGAGAUGAGACACAGAGGUGGUCAUUACACAUACCAUAUAUUGGAUCUUUAAGGCAUGCCAUUUUUUGGCAACUGUAUAUUUAAUAAAAAGAAAUGUUUGCUGUUUGUGAAACUGCAGUGACCUUGCAGGCCUUCAUUUGUCACUAGGCUACUUUAUACCAUGGACUCUUAAAUCCUACCUAUUUAUAUGUUACCACUAUCGUAUAUAUAUAUAUAUAUAUAUACACUAUGAAGUUCUGUUAUCCACCAGUCGUCUCCUAAAUAGGUCAAUUACGUAACUUCUGUCAGAUCCAAAAUGAUCUAAUUUAUCAAAUAUAUUUAACACAUAAUAAUGCAAUAUUUCUCAUAUUUGUUUUCCAUUAAGUUGACAAAGUGGCACAAUUACUCACAUAGGUCAGUUUUUUCCCCAACUAAAAUAAAACGUGCUGCUGUGUGGUCAAAAAUUAAUCAAACUAAUGAUGAAAUUUAGAAACUUUAGAAUUUUUUAUUUUUUUGCCAGUGUAUUUUUUUUGUAACACUGAGUUGGACUAUAGCAUCUGAAAUACUAGCAAUGCUUUGAAAAAGACCCAAAUGUCAUUUUUGUCAUUUCUUUUUUGUGGGUGCUUUGAUUUGAAACUCCAGUCUGCAUUAUAUAAAUCAGUCAUUCAGAUAUCCAUCCAUCCAUCCAUCCAUCCAUCCAUCCAUCCAUCCAUCCAUCCAUCCAUCCAUCCAUUUUCUAAGCCGCUUCUCCGUCAGGGUCGCGGUGGGGUGCUGGAGCUUUUCCCAGCGGUCUUGUUUUGUGAAUUUUUGUAAGAUUUGUUUUCUGUUUCAUGUAGAUGACAAUUUAUUUCACCACACUUCAAACCAUGUGAGCUGUACUGAAUGUCUGCUGCAGUUGAUCUUAAUCCAAGUCCAAAGGGUCAACCUAUUACUGUAUUUUUCAUACCCUCCAAACCCUAACACAGCUAUUUCACUGGGUAAUUGUAAAGCCCUUUACGAGCCAAGUGUGACUGGAGAAACGACAUGGAACUGUACCGUGCUUUGGGUUAUGGGCACUAGGACUGGGAACCACUGGUCUAUGUUUGCUUUUGACCCACAUGGCUCCGCUAUUCUCACUCCACACUAGUUAUUCCUAGUUAUUCAACUGAUACUAUAGCAAAUAUGGCAUGCAUGAUUUAAACUUUGAUACAUCUUAUAAACUGAAACAAGUUUUCACAGAUACAUGCAUACAUAUAUAUAUAUAUACACACAGUUGAGCAUGUCAACUCUUAAUAAGGUGUAAAAUUCAUUUUUAUAAGUAUAUGGGAGCAAAGUGAGAUAAUGCUGCUCUUCUAUUCUUCUUUCUCUUUUCAUACUUAGCCUUCUUGACUUAUCUGUUUAUUAAUUAUACUUUUUGUUUUCAAAAUGUAUUAGAAUUGUCCCGUUUUACUAACAAACUGCAUGUUGCCCAGUGUAGCUACUUUGCAUUCUGGCAACUCACAAUCUAUAACUACCUCUUUACAUAUGUUCUUCGCAAUAUAAGCAUGUUUGCGCUUAAGAAUCAGAUUAAAGCUCUGAUUAUGUAAUUAUAGACUGAAAUGUUUGAAAAUGGUCCUACGUACAUACCCAGGGACUUUUUUUAUAGAAAAAAUUAAAUAAAGAAUAUCUUUGCUACA